GCGACUUGCAUGCCGUCGGCCACUCGUCCAGCCGUGGCAGGCCUUCGCAACUGGGGCACGCCAACCAUGACGCUAUUACUGCUCCUCGGCGGCUCUGCCGCCUUCAACACGCCGCCGCCACUGCGGCCGCCGCUCCGCUCGUCGCUCCUCGCGAUGCAGGUCCAGCAGAUCCCAUCGCCAGCAGAGCUGCGCGCCGCGGUGACUGCCUCGGCCUGUGAGGGCGGUAUCUCCGUUGUCCUCUUUGGCAGCAAGCAGUGCGCCGCGUGCAGGGCUCUGCUGCCUCGCACGCGACGGCUCGCGGCUGCGCGGCGCGACGUCCGGUUCUUCUCGCUCGAAAGCAGCAAGGCGACGGCCGAGGCGUUCCAGUACCACGAGAUCACCGCGGUGCCAACCUUCCUUGUCCUGGAUGCAAGCGGCGCCAUCCUCGAGACGAGAGCCGGGCUCGCCCUUGCGGAGUGGCCGGCGUUCCGCUCGCACGUUGAGGCGCUCGCCGACAGCUGCGACGCGUGGGCCGCUUGACAAGAGGACACUCCCGACCGAGUCCCUUUGUUUCCGCCACAUGGCGCGGCGCUUAAGUGCGCCCGCUCCACAGGCACCCCUCUCCCCCCCUCUCUCUCUCCCGUCUGCUGCUGAGGUCGCGCCGGCGAGAUGCGCUGGCGCGGCGGCCUUCUCCCACCCUCGCAUGAGAUUCGGUGCGCGAUGUUGCGCCAGUACGUUUGGGUUUGUCGCAUUGUCCCCAGGAUAAUGAGAUACACACCGACAUAUGUUGUAGAUGCGAGGGUCCGCGCCCCCCCCCCUUGCCCCACCACUCUUUGUGUGUGUGGAGAAAUUUACCUUACCUUACCUUAUGUAUACUGCGUAAAAAAACGAAUGAAUGGCA